AUGCACCCAAUUAGCGGCGGCGCGUCUUUCUCACUCUCCUCUCAAACCCCCAGUUUCACUUCUUACUCCUCUGAAAACAUCGCUGAUAUUGCUGCUCGUGUUGUUAAGGAGCUCAAUUUGUCUCAAAACGACCCGUUUGAUGAUGAUUAUUACUCCUCUGUCACCUUCAACGACGCGUUUCAUGAUACCCCUCUAAACGACACCGUUCAACCCCAAAACGACAACAUCAACAAUGACGAUGAAGACGAUGACGAUGAUGAUGAAGAAGAGAGUGAAUUCGAGUUUGCGAUUUUGACAGGGGAAGAGAAUUCAUCCCCAAUUUCAGCCGAUGAGAUCUUCGACAACGGCCAAAUAAAACCGAUGUUUCCAGUAUUCAACACCGAUUUAGUUUACGGCGAUAAUUGUGGUUUUUCGACGGCAAGUUCUCCUCCGACCACUAUCCGCGUACCGUUGCGGAAGCUGUUGGAGGAGAGGGAAACGAGCGGGAAUGGGGCCGCAUCGUGUUCGUCAUCGGAAGCUGAUGAUCUAGAAGGGGUCCCACCAGGUACGUACUGCGUGUGGACCCCAAAGAAGAAGGAAGAGGUUCUGAUGAUGAAGAAGAAGAGUAAAUCAACAGGUUCUUCCAAACGUUGGAGGUUUAGAGAUUUGUUACAUAGGAGUAAUAGUGAUGGGAAGGAUACUUUCGUCUUUUUGACACCCUCGAAUAAUCAUAAAAGUAUCGGUGUCGGUGUCGGUGGUGGUAGUAGUGGUGGCGGAGAUGGGAGGAGGAGGGAGAAAACGGUGACGGUUGGAGGGAGGAAGAAAAGUGGUGUGGAAGCGGGAAAGAUGAAAUCGUAUUUACCGUACCGUCAAGAUCUUGUUGGGUUUUUCGUUAAUGUGAAUGGGAUUAGUCGGACGGUUCGACCUUUUUAG